AUGCGGCUGUAUCGGAAUCUCCAGAAAUUCUGGAAUGUCAACAUUAAGGGCCUUUGCUUUGAGGAGAAGGAAGAGAUUCCUAUCCCCCCAGUUGAGUGUAUUUUUCACAAAGAAAAAAUUGUGAUGCUUGGUCAUGUGGUGAAGGAUAACAAUCUACCCAUUGAGAAGAGAGCCCAAGCUGCCUAUAAAAUCGGACUAUUGGCUUUCACAGGAGGGCCGACUGCUGGGAAAUUUGCUUUCGAGUACAUGAAAGAAGUAGCUAACUUGCUAAAACAGCAAGACAUGACACCAAGAACAAAGAUCCUGUUUCUCCAGAGCGUGGCAUGUUGGUGUUACUUAAACCCUGUCAGUCAGAGAAGAGCCAAGCGCCUGCAAUUUAUUAAUAUUCUCAUUGAGAUUUUUUAUCAUAGAGAUGACUCCGCUGUCCAAAGUGAAACUAACAGCAGCCUCCUCAUUAAAUUUUGGGUUUGCUAUGUUCUGUCUGUCAUGACGUGCAAUAACGUGCCUUGCAUGAAUGAGCUUAAAGAACACGCCCAUCUGAAAUGUCACUUGCAAAUGUUGGCCUCUGAGAAUUGGUCUGGAUGGUCUGAGAAUUUUGCCGAGGUGCUGUAUUUCCUAAUUGGUUUUCACAGGAUUUAA